AUGGUGAAGCUAGCAUCGGCACGAGAGAGCAGAAUGUACGGGCCAAGACGGGGCCGAAACAGGGCCGAAUACAUAAACGCGGCGCUGUACGUAUUCGCCACGAUCGUGCUGUUAUGCGGGUUCGUUUUCCUGCUCCUCAACGAACCCGAACCGGGUCUAGUCCUCCUCCUCAUAGCCCUGGGCCUCGUAGUCGUGGUCAACGUCCACGACCUCUUUGCCCAUCUAGCAGGGAUAGACUACUGGUUCCCGUUGAUGGGGUUCGAUCCCCAGCUCGCCCUCGUCGAGUUUGCUGUGCCUUUUGUUCAGGCCCUUGGGGCUCUUCUCACUUUCUUGGGAAUUCUCUUUCUUUUUAUUCAGUUGAUAAAGGGUUAUGUUGAGUAUAAGUUGGAGAAGCAUGCUCUGAACUUGCUGAUCGCUGGUUCUAUUUUCUGGUUGUUUGGGGCUAUUAAUAACGCCUGUCAAAUCUAUGAGAGAGCGGAUGGGCAUGUCCAAAUAUUGCAAGAGAGCGUUCACAUCCCCUUCUUGAUGGGGUGCUGCUUGUUCCUCGUAGGUGCCAUCCUCAACAGUCACGAGCAAGCCCGAUCGAUCCACCAUGGCCCGGAUUUGUUGGGACGGACUUGGGUUUGGUUUUGUAUUUUUGGGAGCAUAAUGUUUUUCAUAGGGGGUCUAGCCAAUGUGGCUAAAAUAUUCAAGAUGCAACAAAUGGAUGGAACUCGGCUGGAGAAGCUGCGCGGGGGAGCACAAGAACGAUUGGUUCAAGGGAGGGAAGGACGGGCUCCGCUCAUCCUGGAAGAGGAAAGGAGGAGGAGGGGUGCCGAGGAAGGGAGAUCGGGAGUAGGUCCAUCCCCUUACAAGGACGUGCUUGUUCGAGAGGGAGGGAAACUGGAGAAUUGGUUGUCUAUGAAUAGGCCUGAUAAUGGAGAUCCAGUCGACAAAAAUGCACCCAGGAUGGUGAAGCUAGCGUCAGUACGCGAGAUCCGACAGUACGGCCGCGGGCUGGCCCGAAACAGAUCCGAAUUCAUUAACUCUGCACUCUACGUAUUCGCUACGGUUCUGCUCUUAUGUGGGUUCGUUGCUCUCCUCGUAAACAAGCCCAAACCCAGCCUCGUGCUUCUACUCGUGGCCCUGGCUCUCAUAAUCGUGGUCAACGUUCACGACCUCUUCUCCCAUCUCGCCGGCAUUGAUUACAGGCUUUGGUUAUUGGGAUUCGACCCCCAGCUCGCCCUCGUCGAGGUUUUUGUGCCCGUGGUUCAGGCCGUGGGCGCACUUCUCUCUUUCCUUGGAAUUAUGUUUCUUUUUAUUGAGGCGAAAAAGGAUCAUGCUGAUAGUAAAUUAGAGAAGCAUGCUUUGAACUUGCUUGUUGCUGGGUCCGCAUUGUGGUUGCUCGGAUCGGUUCAUAACUCGUUCCAGAUCUAUGAGAUAGUAGGUGGCUAUAUCCAAGUCUUGCAAGCUAGUGUCUACACCCCGUUCUUGAUAGGGAGCUUGCUCUUCUUUUUGGGUGCCGUUAUCAACAUUCAUGAGCGACAGCAAGCUACGUUAAUGCAUCAUGGCGUGGGAUUAUUGGGUAAAAGUUGGGUGUGGUUUGGUUUUUUCGGGAGCUUAAUGCUUUUGAUAGGGGGACUAGCCAAUUUGGUAAAAGUACAGAAGAUGCAAGAUGGAAUUCAGCUUGAGAAGCUGCGCGGAGGAGCACAAGAUCGGUUGGUUCAAGAGAGGGGAGGCCGGGUUCCAGAUCGGUUGGUUCAAGAGAGGGAAGGCCGGGUUCCCCUCGUUCUGAGUUCGUGCCUCGUGGGCUUCUUCUGUACGCCUGCCUAUCCGGCGCAUCCUAGUUCUCACCCCGCACCCCACAGCCAUUCUAUCCUCGCCGAAGUGCAAACCCUAGAAAAAACUUCGACAGAAGUCGCACAACAUCGUUUGCAGGUUUCGCAUCUCGGGUAUCGUUUUCAAAUAUUCUUUCUUUCUUUAUGCCCUAGUUCUUCUGUAUUCUCUAUUCUAAUCAUAUCUGAGUCGGACGUUCGCCUGUUUGUUGAUGGGAUUGAUUCGUGUUCCUUGGUCUAUUGCGUAAAUAGAAGAAUUUACCUAUUUAAGUUACCUAGCAUCAAAAGUCUUGAAUUUCUGGGGUAUUUCCCAGUGGAAGUGAGGAAGCUAAUGCACAUAAGGGGUUUUAGAUUGGUAGAGACAAGAUUGGUAGAGUUGGCUUUUUUGGCUGAUUGGUUUCAAAUAAUUAUUGUGUGUGCAUACAGUUUGGGCCUGUGUAGGAUGGCAUCUGUGUCCAGUCAGCCACAGUUUCGAUACACACAAACCCCAUCAAAGGUGCUACAUUUGAGAAACUUGCCAUGGGAAUGCACAGAGGAAGAGCUGAUUGAACUGGGGAAGCCAUUUGGUAAAGUUGUUAACACAAAAUGCAAUGUUGGAGCAAACCGAAAUCAAGCCUUUAUAGAGUUUGCAGAGUUGAAUCAAGCGAUUGCAAUGAUAUCGUAUUAUGCUUCUUCCUCAGAACCGGCUCAGGUAAGGGGGAAAACUGUCUACCUACAAUAUUCAAACAGGCAAGAAAUAGUGAACAACAAAACCACUGCUGAUGUCGCUGGAAAUGUGCUGUUGGUAACAAUUGAGGGCAACGAUGCACGCCUUGUCAGCAUUGAUGUUUUACACUUGGUAUUCUCAGCUUUUGGAUUUGUGCAUAAGAUUACUACCUUUGAAAAGACAGCUGGGUUCCAGGCUUUGGUGCAGUUUUCAGACUCCGAAACUGCCUCUUCCGCAAAAGAUGCCCUUGAUGGAAGAAGCAUUCCGAGCUAUUUAAUCCCAGAGUUGGGACCAUGUUCCCUCAAGAUCACAUACUCAGCGCACACAGAUUUGAGUGUGAAAUUCCAAAGUCACCGCAGCAGGGACUACACUAAUCCUCUCCUCCCUGUUGCUCCGUCAGCUAUAGAUGCAACUGGUCAGUUUAGUUUGGGUUUGGAUGGGAAAAAGCUAGAGCCUGAGAGCAAUGUACUUCUGGCAUCUAUCGAGAACAUGCAAUACGCAGUGACCUUGGAUGUUUUACACAUGGUCUUCUCUGCUUUUGGGCCUAUCAUGAAGAUUGCCAUGUUUGAUAAGAAUGGAGGAGUUCAGGCAUUGAUUCAGUACCCUGAUGUUCAGACAGCUGUUGUUGCCAAGGAAUCCUUGGAAGGGCAUUGCAUAUAUGAUGGAGGGUUUUGCAAGCUCCACAUUUCAUAUUCACGCCAUACUGAUCUCAGCAUCAAGGUAAACAAUGAUCGAAGCAGAGAUUAUACAAUGCCAAAUGCUCCUAUGUUGAAUGCUCAACCCUCACUCCUUGGGCAACAACCUCCAACACAUCCAAUGGCGGGUCCAGGUCCUCAACAGUACAGUAGCUCCCAGUUCCCUCCACCUCAAGGGCUUGGAAUGCCUCAGCAUUCCGCAGGGUGGGGCCCAUCAUCAGCACCCCAGUCGACCCCCCUACAAAUGCACAAUCACCCUUAUAUGCAACCUGCAAAUAUGGCUCCUGGGAUGAUGCAGUUUCAUAGCCAAAAUGGGCUACCGCGUGCAAUGCCCCCUUACCAGCCCCAAUAGGAGUUUUAUCAUGAAUUGUUCUCUUUGGUGUUUAGUUCUAAGUGGAGAUGGCAGGUUUGAACUAAGUUGCGGAGUAUGCUUUGGCCAAACACAUGACCAAAGACCAAUCAAAUUCGCCGAUAUGGGUAUUUUGCAUUUUGAAACGAUAAAUUUCUUUCUUUCGUUUUUCACUGUAACUGGCAUUUGGAUUCGAAACAAAGAUUGAUCUGGUGAAGGGGUUGUUAUUAUUGUAGGUUGUGAUAAUGCUAAAACUGUCUCCUUUAUUGUA